UCUCUCUUUCUCUCUACCUGAAAUUUCAAUGCUUUUUCUUCGUCGGAGAUUUUAAGGAGACCUUCGUCGAGCAAUACUUCUUGUCAGAUUCGGUGAUCGCAGUCGCAAGAACUCGGUCGAGUCAUCGAGGUUUCCGGUGCGUGCUUGGUAUUUUCGCUGCUGUUUGGCCCUGUAUGGCUUUUAAAGGGAUUCGAUUGGUGCCGGCGUUUCUUGUUCUGUCGGCGGUUCUAUCGUGUUUGGCAACUCUGGGAUCUGCUUCCGAUUUUCAGCAGUCCUACCCCAAGGCCAUAUCGGAUUUGAAGGAAGGUAUUGUCAAGGGGUUGGGUUUCCAAGCAGAUGAAUUCAAGAUAUCAGGGUUUGAUGUGAGGGAUGCGCUCGUCGGUCACUCUGUGGCUUACGAGCUCGAUAUAGAGAUCGACAACAGGGUCCUUCCCUUCAAGCUAUUGGAGGACGUCCACCGCUGGGAAUACGUAGAUCUGCCCAUUUUCCAGGUCGAGGACCCAGUCUGGGCAGGUAAAGAAAACCUUUUGGUUGAGAAGCAGAAAUUCGAUGAGGCGCUACCCAUGUUGGCCCCAUUUCAACUCGCUGGACCCAUGGAGUUAUGGAUCCAGGAUGCCAAGGAUAUGAGGCUUUCCCUGCCUCAUGAUGUUGAUGCUGGAGUUUUGAAGAAAGUAAUCUUAGCAGAUGGAGCUGUGGUUACGGUCAAGGGUGCCCGAUCCGUGAGCCUCCGUCGACCAAUUGAUCUCCCACUUCCACUGAACCGGACGAGCGAUGGUUUUGCCUCGGGAAUCCUUAAUCUAGCCGAGCAACUCCGCCACUUUGCCCGCUCGCAGACCACUCCUAUCCUCUCCCUCAGAAUAGUGGGCCCAACCUCCCUCACCUCCCCUUCAGCCCCCUCCUCCCCGAACAACAGGCUCAAGCUAAAGCGCCUCGCCCCAGGCCUCGUAGAACUCUCCUCUCCCUCCUCCUCUAAAGCUCUCGAGCCUCUGUCAGAUGUCUCCCCCUCCGAUGAAGCCACUGCCCUCUUAACCCCUAAGCACUUCACAACAAUGUGGCCUCUUACCUCGGUCAAUGGCUCGAACCAGAACCUCGUUGGCUUUGAGGCCCUCCUUGCCUCCGUGCUUGGGCCCAAGGCCCACGAGGAGGGCUCCUUCAAGCUACUGAAGGCAGACGUAUCAGCCCAGACAUCCGUCAAGAUCGGGUUCGGAGUGGAGAAGAAGCUGAAGGCCGCAGAGGUGGAGGGAAUUCCCGCGUGGAGGACGAAGCCCGAGUCGGUGAGGAUGCACUUUGAAGUUCUGGCGAAGGUUGACGGGGACAAGGUGGUGCCAGAGAGAGUCACGCAGGUGAACCCCGUCAUGAUAGAGGACACGGUGGCGCCGAACGUGCUAAUGAACAACGUGACCAUGUCUAAGGUCCCAAUAGUUCAUCAGCCUUCUAGCCCUUUCACCUUAUAAGCUAUAUGGUUAUACGGAGCAAGAAGAAUGUAAGGUUUGACCAAAAAAUAGAACUGAUGAGAUGAGAUACCAAAUGUAUAGUUCCAUUUUAUUUUAUUUUCAAUUUUUUCUCCCCUACCAUUGGGAUUUUUACUUUUAUCCCCACAUCUCUCUCUCUC